CGGCUAGAUGUACAACUUCAGUUCCACACAAGGAACAUCGCCCAGCUUCUCUGAAAAUACACUCAGACCAAAAUGGCAGCGAGUGCCGUAUGGAGUACACCAUGGGGAGGUGAGGGUGGAACCGGUGUAAAUACGUGGGAAUUCAUAAUACCUGAUGGUGCAAGACUUAUCAAGAUAGACUUAAGCAGUGGAGAUGCUCUAGAUUUCAUCCGCUUCACUUACAAGGAUCAGUAUGGCACUCAUAUUUCUGAAAAAUUCGGUGGCGAUGGUGGCUCGUCUCAUUCGAUCACAUUCGCUGACAAUGAGUUCCUCAUCGGGAUUAGUGGACGUGUCGGAUCAUUUGAUGGCUCCACCGUGAUUACGUCAGUGACUUUCCAGACCAACGUCAGCACUUAUGGGCAAUACGGCACAAACCCAGGAACUGAUUUUUCGUUCGGGGUCACACGCGGGAAGAUUUCCGGAUUCUAUGGAAAAUACGGGAAUUACGUCGACUCUUUGGGUGUCAUUCUUCACCCGUAACAUGAUAUAUGGCAGCAUGGAUGUUGUGUUUGAUGGAAACAAAUGUUAAAUGGUCGGUCGUACGUCAUUUUGUCUUCUAAAUGUGGUAUUCGUAUGUAUUUUAUAUGUUUUUAAAUCGUAACUAGUAUCUUCGAUGAGGGACUAGUAAAAUAAGGUGGCAUACCAAGUUCAAGUAAAAUAAGCACCCUUGUUGUGCAUCUGUAUAUGUUUUUCAUGUACGCUUCUAAAUGGAUAUUUCAUGCUUUCUUCUUUGC